AUUAAAUAGUUGAGCAAUGGAAAUAAAAGCUUAUGAAAAUGAUAUUUUUUAUGAUAAUAUGGGAAUGAGACUAUGGGAAAGAAGACAUUAACAAUUAGAUAAAUAUAUAGAAAGAGAUAAAAUAUUAGACAUUGGAUGCAAUGAUGGCAAGUUUAUUUAAAGGUUAGCUCAUUCUUUAGAUUUCAAUUUGAUUGCUGGUUUAGAUAUAGAUCUUGAAGUUCUUAAAUAAGCUACGUAAUUUUUGAUAUUUAGUUAAGUGAUAACUUAGUUUAUGAUCAAAUCUAAGAUUGUCUUAGGUCAAAUAGAAAAACAGAAUGUUGGAUUAAAUUAUUUAAUGGAAAUGCUUUAAAAAAAUAUGAUUAACUUAAACAAAUGAACUUUGAUGUAUUAAUUCUAUCUUCUUACUAGAUUAUAACACUUGUAGAAGUUGUUGAACAUUUAAAAUUAGAAUAACUUGAUGAUUUAUGUGAGAAUGUUUUUGGUUACUUAAAUCCAUGGAGAAUUAUAAUAACUACUCCUAAUUCAGAUUUUAAUGUCUAUUUUAAAUAACUGAAUCCUAAAUUUAUAUUAAGACACCCUGAUCAUAAAUUUGAAUUUUCAUAAUAAGAAUUUUAAGAAUGGACGUAAGCUAUCGCUUUGAAAUAUCAUUAUUCAACAAUCUAUGAUGGAGUUGGAUAACAUAAAUCUGGAGAUCUUACAAAUGGUUAUGCAUCAUAGAUCUGUAUAUUUACUAAAAUUAAGGAUUAUUAAUAUCAUUUCACUGCUGAUUAAGAAGAUCUCCAAUUAAUUUUACAUCAUUGUCUUCCAUAUGAUAGUCGUUCUAAUGAAUAAAAAUUAGCUGAUGAUAUAAUGAUGAACUACUCUAGAUUUUCAUUAUAGAAUUAAAGUGAUAUUGAUGAUAAUGAGUAUGAUAUCCUGUCAACUCUUGAUGACUAUGAUAUUCUAAUUAGAAUCAAAGACUUACCAAGAAGUGAAUAUUUGGAAUAAAUGAUUCAAAAAAAUAAAAGAUUCACUAUUUAUUAGAAUGAUUAUUUAUUAUUGAAAUUGAACUAAAAUUGA